AUGUUCGAAGAGGACGACCAGCUGGACGAUGAGGAGACGCUGGAGAUCACCUCUGAGCUGUGGCAGGAGGCCUGCUGGAUCGUCAUCAGCUCGUACUUUGACGAGAAGGGCCUCGUCCGCCAGCAGCUGGACUCCUUCGAUGAGUUCAUUCAGAUGUCAGUGCAGCGCAUCGUCGAGGACUCCUCUGCCAUUGAGAUAGAGGCCGAGCCGCAGCACAAGUCGGGCAUCAUCGAGGCGCCCACGCAGUACGUGAUUCGCUUCGAGCAGAUCUACCUCUCGAAGCCAACUCACUGGGAGAAGGACGGCACGCCGACGGCGAUGAUGCCCAACGAGGCCCGCCUCCGCAACCUCACCUACUCGGCGCCGCUGUACGUGGACAUCACCAAGACGAUCACCCGCGACGGGCAGGACCCGGUGGAGACGCAGCACCAGAAGACGUACAUCGGCAAGAUUCCCAUCAUGCUGCGCUCCAGCUACUGCCUCCUCAACGGCCUCACCGACCGCGAUCUGGCGGAGCUCAACGAGUGCCCCCUCGACCCCGGCGGCUACUUCAUCAUCAACGGCUCGGAGAAGGUGCUCAUCGCCCAGGAGAAGAUGGCCACCAACACGGUGUACGUCUUCUCGAUGAAGGACUCGAAGUACACCUACAAGGCGGAGUGCCGCUCCUGCAUUGAGCACUCCUCGCGGCCGACCAGCACACUGUGGGUGAACAUGCUGGCGCGGGGCUCGCAGGGGAAGAAGACCACCGUCGGCCAGCGCAUCAUUGCCAUCAUUCCCUACAUCAAACAGGAGAUCCCCAUCAUGAUCGUCUUUCGGGCGCUGGGCUUCGUCGCCGACCGCGACAUUCUCGAGCACAUCAUCUACGACUUUGAGGACCCGGAGAUGAUGGAGAUGGUGAAGCCGUCCCUGGACGAGGCUUUCGUCAUUCAGGAGCAGAAGGUGGCGCAGAACUUUAUCGGCACGCGCGGCGCCCGGCCCGGCGUCCCCUACGAGAAGCGCAUCAAGUACGCGAAGGAGAUCCUCCAGAAGGAAAUGCUGCCGCACGUCGGCGUGGGCGACUUCUGCGAGACGAAGAAGGCCUACUACCUCGGCUACAUGGUCCACCGGCUGCUGCUGGCGGCCCUCGGUCGGCGCGAGCUGGACGACCGCGAUCACUACGGCAACAAACGGCUCGACCUGGCCGGCCCCCUCCUUGCCUACCUCUUUCGCGGCCUCUUUCGCAACCUAACCAAAGAGGUGCGCAUGUACGCGCAGAAGUUCAUCGACCGCGGCAAGGACUUUCAGCUGGAGCUGGCCAUCAAGACGCGCAUCAUCUCCGACGGCCUGCGCUACUCGCUGGCCACCGGCAACUGGGGCGACCAGAAGAAGGCCCACCAGGCGCGGGCGGGCGUCUCGCAGGUGCUGAACCGGCUCACCUACGCCUCGACGCUCUCCCACCUGCGGCGCGUCAACUCGCCCAUUGGCCGAGAUGGAAAGCUGGCCAAGCCUCGCCAGCUGCACAACACCCUCUGGGGGAUGAUCUGCCCGGCGGAGACGCCGGAGGGCCACGCGGUCGGCCUGGUGAAGAACCUCGCCCUCAUGUCGUACAUUAGCGUCGGCUCGCAGCCGUCGCCCAUUCUCGAGUUUCUCGAGGAGUGGUCCAUGGAGAACCUCGAGGAGAUUGCCCCCUCUGCGAUCUCCGAGGCCACGAAGAUCUUCGUCAACGGCUGCUGGGUGGGCAUUCACCGCGAGCCGGACCUGCUGAUGACCACCCUGCGGAAGCUCCGCCGCCAGAUGGACAUUAUCGUCUCGGAGGUGUCGAUGGUGCGGGACAUUCGCGACCGCGAGAUUCGCAUCUACACGGACGCGGGCCGCAUCUGCCGCCCCCUUCUCAUCGUCGAGAAUCAGAAGCUGCUGCUGAAGAAGAAGCACAUUGAGCAGCUGAAGAGCCGCGAGUACAACAGCUACAGCUGGCACGACCUGGUGGCCAGCGGGGUGGUCGAGUACAUUGACACGCUGGAGGAGGAGACGGUGAUGAUCUCGAUGACGCCGGACGACCUGAUGGAGACGGUCAAUCCGUACUGCAGCACCUACACCCACUGCGAGAUUCACCCAUCGAUGAUUCUGGGCGUCUGCGCCUCGAUCAUCCCCUUCCCCGACCACAACCAGUCGCCGCGUAACACCUACCAGUCGGCCAUGGGCAAGCAGGCGAUGGGCGUGUACAUUACCAACUUUCACGUGCGGAUGGACACGCUGGCGCACGUCCUCUACUACCCGCAGAAGCCGCUCGUCACCACGCGGUCGAUGGAGUACCUGCGCUUCCGAGAGCUGCCCGCGGGCAUCAACUCCAUCGUGGCGAUCAUGAGCUACACGGGCUACAACCAGGAGGACUCGGUCAUUCUCAAUGCGUCCGCCAUUGACCGCGGCUUCUUCCGCUCCAUCUUCUACCGCUCCUACAAGGACUCGGAGCAGAAGCGCAUGGGCGACCAGGAGGACCAGUUUGAGAAGCCGACGCGGGACACGUGCCAGGGCAUGCGUAACGCCAUCUACGACAAGCUGGAGGACGACGGGAUCAUCGCGCCGGGGACGCGCGUUUCCGGGGAUGAUGUCAUAAUCGGGAAGACGACGACGCUGCCGGAGAAUGACGACGACCUGGAGGGAGGGAUUAAGCAGCACACCAAGCGAGAUGCCAGUACCUUUCUGCGAAACAGCGAGACGGGCAUUGUCGACCAGGUGAUGAUCACGGUGAACAAUGAGGGCUACAAGUUCUGCAAGAUUCGCGUCCGCUCGGUGCGCAUUCCGCAGAUUGGCGACAAGUUUGCCUCGCGGCACGGACAGAAGGGCACCUGCGGUAUUACCUACAGACAAGAGGACAUGCCCUUCACCUGUGAGGGCAUCACCCCGGACAUUAUCAUCAACCCGCACGCCAUUCCCUCGCGUAUGACGGUCGGCCAUCUGAUUGAGUGCCUGCAGGGAAAGGUGUCGGCGAACAAGGGCGAGAUUGGCGACGCGACGCCCUUCAACGAUGCCGUCAACGUGCAGAAGAUUUCCGAUCUGUUGCAUGAGUACAACUACCAGCUGCGCGGCUACGAGGUGAUGUACAACGCCCACACCGGCCACAAGGUCAAUGCGCAGAUCUUCCUCGGGCCCACGUACUACCAACGGCUGAAGCACAUGGUCGACGACAAGAUUCACUCUCGUGCACGAGGGCCGGUGCAGAUUCUGGUGCGCCAGCCGAUGGAGGGCCGAGCCCGCGAUGGCGGCCUUCGCUUUGGCGAGAUGGAGCGCGACUGUCAGAUUGCCCACGGCGCGGCGCAGUUCCUCCGUGAGCGCCUCUUUGAGGUGUCCGACCCUUACCGCGUGCACAUCUGCAACCUCUGCGGCCUGAUCUGCAUCGCCAACCUGCGGAACAACACCUUCGAGUGCAAGGGCUGCCGAAAUAAGACGCAGAUCUCGCAGGUGCGCAUGCCGUACGCCGCCAAGCUGCUCUUCCAGGAGCUGAUGUCCAUGUCCAUUGCGCCGCGCAUUGUCGUCACCUAG